UGACAGACUGGAGACGUCAGCUUGCAGCUUGCGCAUGAGGGACGUCGAUUUUCGCGCUGGUUGACAUUCACUUGUGAAUAGCCAAACAUUACGUGACUGUAGCGAAUGCGCUUUAUUUCUUCGUGUUUGUAGCAUGCGCUUGAUGUUGACUUUGCAAACAUGGCUUCAGCAGUCAAGGCGAAGCUUCAACGGGUCGCAAGCGGCGGCUUCAGUGGAAGUAAUAACCCAACGGCCGACGACGUAGAGACGGAGAAGUACAAGCUCAUGAUCACCGCCGGGCCUUCAUACGACCAAGCAUUACACGAAGUCGUGCGAGUCAACACGGAUGUGCCAGUCUACGUGGAGAAUGAGUACGUGCGCGCGAAGAUCAACGUCCGCAUACGAGGCUUUCACGGCCUACCUUCCUCCUCGCCUCAAACAUCGCCGUACUUCAACGAUCCUACGCAUGACAAGGACCUAUACUCGAUAGGAUUCUCCUUCGUACCGAAACAGGACCUGUCGAGCUUGGAUACGGUAUGGGGAAACGACUUCGAUCAUCCCAUUCGCAAUAAGCUGCCGCCGGGCUUCAAUACGGCUUUCAGGAUCGUGAAGGAGUUCGUUGAUCCCGGCUUAAGUUGCGAUGCAUACGCAGACGAACCAUGGUUGUAUGGGCCAAGCCUCAGCUGCUGGUUCGCGAUGCGCAUUGGCGAUCAUUAUGACGAGGAUACCGACUUCCCUGCACCGGCGGACAAGGACCCAUUGAAGGAAGGCGCUUCUGGAUCGGGAAGCGACGUGCGACGGAAACAUGGACUACCCGAUACGAACGAAAAGCGACGCAAACACUUCCUAUCCGCGCAACAUCGCGAGUCUUUCGUCUUCGAAAAGGGCCGCUUAUACGAAGGCGACUUCUACAACCCCUACCUCGACUUCCCCAACUUCGCGCUAAAACUGCCCGGCUUCAGUCUGAAAGUGAUCAAAUACGUAGACCAGAAAAGCCACUGCUUGCGGUACGUCUUCAAGAACCGGAAGACUGGCGACGUAUACUUCAACAUUAACUUCCAUUUGCUAUGGGGCGACCAGCUACGGCAAGCGGUGCAGGAGGAUGAAGAGGAGAAAAAGCGCGCCGACUCGAGGGGUGUGGCGCCGUGGCGCAUCAAUCAGAACCUGGCGGGUGUGUUGUCCGCUCAUAGCGCGAUGUGGCACAAGGGCACGCAGCAGCCGCAGGGCGCAUAUGCCAAUAUCGGUGGUGCGGGAGCGACAGGUGAUGCUGCGAAGGCGGAUGGAGUUGCUGGCGGGCAGGCGCAGCAUCACGGAGGGCAUAAGGGUGUUGAUACAUCCGCGGACGACGUUGACUAGAGGGAGAGUAUGGCGGCUCUUUGCACAGAAAGAACAGCUGCAAGUACCGAUCCGUUCGACGGACUUGGCCAGCCUCGCGCUUGCUCAGAUCCAUCUACAGGGCUGGCCACAGAGUCGCUUGAUGACCGCAUCUCGAGCGCCAUCUGCCGCUGCACCGCCAUUGGCAGAAGGUUACUUUGAAGGCUCACAGACAAGCCGCGAGCGGCGAAGACCACGCUCUGCGACGAGCCUGGCUGUCGCUGCGUCACGCUAGCGGACUUCAUAGAGCCAUCCCUCCUCUGAUUCGAGCAACAACGCAGCGUCUCAGCAACGCGUCGCGUUCGGAAGGAUCAGUGGAGCGACAUCGAGCACAGGACGCGUGCGCAGCAUAUGGAGGGUUAAGAUGCAACC